UUAACGCCAUCAUAGAUGACGUCAAUUUUGUUGUUUUUUAACGAGCCAGUUGGCGUCGCCCACGUGACCUUUUAUCAUAAGAAAUCGACCGUUGAGCCCGCACGCUGUUGCUCUUCCUAUAGCGACGGCGCCUGGUGAAGUGGUCAAGACCGGUCCUCGAGUCCCAAACAAACGCCGACGCUACACGAACCGUUACACCGGAAGCCACGAAUCUUCCCCUCCGACGGCGAAGCAAAGUCCUAACAAUUUAUAUUCGUUGAAACAGAGAAGACGUCCAAACAAGCUAAUGGCGCCAACAAUACUCUUUCACGCGCAAACACAGUCGCCGGAGACAAAUCCGCCGCCGCGGGAAAGAAGCAGCUGCUAUAUCGGCGUCCGGCGGCGACCGUGGGGGAAGUUCGCGGCGGAGAUAAGGGACUCAACGCAACGCGGCAAGCGCGUUUGGCUGGGAACUUUCAAAAGCGCAGAAGAGGCAGCGCUGGUCUACGACCAAGCGGCCUUCUCCACGAGAGGCGAAACGGCAGUGCUCAAUUUUCCGGUGGAGAGAGUGAGGGAAUCGCUUGAAGGAGAGGAGUUGAAUGGAAGCCAGGAGAAGAUAUCGUUGUCACCAUUGCUGGCUAUUAAGAAGAAGAAUAUAGUUCGGGGAAGGAGGUUAAGGGGCCAGUCGGCGGAGAUUGGAGCUAAGGAGAGAGGAGAAGAGGAGGAAAAGGUGGAGGGAGUCUUGGUGUUGGAGGAUUUGGGAACUGAGUAUUUGGAGGAGUUGCUAAGACUGUCGGUUCCUGAAGACUCUUUGUUGUAAUUAAAUUCUAUAGUAGCUAUAAUUUAGAGUGCAUCACAUUUAAUUGUGAUUUAAUCGAUGAAAAAGUUUUGUUUAAGAUAAAAUUUUAAAGGUGAAAUAAUAGAUGUUGUUGGAUCCGAUAUGUGGAUAGACCACAUCACAUUUUAGUGCCAAUUGAAAGAGA